AUGUUAGCGGUGGGGGCGAUGGAGGGCACCCGGCAGAGCGCGUUCCUGCUCAGCAGCCCGCCCCUGGCUGCCCUGCACAGUAUGGCAGAAAUGAAGACCCCGCUGUACCCCGCUGCGUACCCCCCACUGCCCGCCGGCCCCCCUUCCUCCUCAUCCUCCUCGUCCUCCUCGUCGUCGCCUUCUCCGCCUUUGGGCGCCCACAACCCAGGCAGCCUGAAGCCCCCUGCGGCGGGGGGGCUCUCGUCCUUAGGCAGCCCCCCACAGCAGCUCUCGGCCGCCACCCCACACGGCAUCAACGACAUCCUGAGCCGGCCCUCCAUGCCCGUGGCCUCCGGGGCCGCCCUGCCCUCCGCCUCGCCCUCCGGUUCUUCCUCCUCUUCUUCCUCGUCCACCUCUGCUUCCUCCGCCUCGGCCGCGGCGGCCGCGGCCGCGGCCGCGGCGGCCGCCGCCUCAUCCCCCGCGGGGCUGCUGGCUGGCCUGCCCCGUUUCAGCAGCCUGAGCCCGCCGCCGCCGCCGCCCGGGCUCUACUUCAGCCCCAGCGCCGCGGCUGUGGCCGCAGUGGGUCGGUACCCCAAGCCACUAGCCGAGCUGCCCGGUCGGACACCUAUCUUCUGGCCAGGAGUGAUGCAAAGCCCGCCCUGGAGGGACGCACGCCUGGCCUGCACCCCUCAUCAAGGAUCCAUUUUGUUGGACAAAGACGGGAAGAGAAAACAUACGAGACCCACAUUCUCGGGCCAGCAAAUCUUCGCCCUGGAGAAGACUUUCGAACAAACGAAAUACUUGGCGGGGCCCGAGAGAGCUCGCUUGGCCUAUUCGCUGGGGAUGACAGAGAGUCAGGUCAAGGUCUGGUUCCAGAACCGCCGGACGAAGUGGAGGAAGAAGCACGCGGCCGAAAUGGCCACGGCCAAGAAGAAGCAGGACUCGGAGACCGAGCGGCUUAAGGGGGCCUCGGAGAACGAGGAGGAGGACGACGACUACAACAAGCCCCUGGACCCCAACUCGGACGACGAGAAAAUCACGCAGCUGCUGAAGAAGCACAAGUCCAGCAGCGGCGGCGGCGGCCUCCUGCUGCACGCGUCCGAGAACGAGAGCUCAUCCUGA